CUGAAGGAAGAAUGCUUUUGGGUGGUGGGAACAUGGAGAAGAUGUGGUCUGUCCAGCUGUCCCUUGGAGUGCUAACCAUCUUGACCAUGACUGCGUAUCUCCCAUCUACACAUGGGGAGCCUUUUUUACUACAAGAGAACCGAGUGCUUCCGGAGAGAGAAGACACAAAUCAUGAGGACACACUGCUGACUCUGCUUCUUAAUAAGAAACUCGCAUGGCGGAGACCGGAAAAUAUUGACUGGGAGCUGGCAAAGAAGUUUGAAGAGCUUGAACAGCUGGAGAAAUUGAAGGAUCAGCUCUCAAAUGAGGAAGGGUCAGAGGUGGCCUACGCCUUGGAAAGUCUCUCCGCAUCCCAGCCCAAAAAACGCGCCUGCUUUUGGAAAUACUGCAUAUGAAGGCUUGCCAGGACCAGAGGAUGAAGAUGAGCCCUUCCCCAAACUGUCUUGCUGUGUUAAGAGUUUGUUCUGUUCUCUCAUUGUGCUGCUAACUCAGAUGCCAUCCUCCACCAUCACACCACAGCCAAAUAUUACAAGGAUGGUGGCAGGUAGCCCGCUACCACUCUCCAGCUUUCCUCCCUUCCAGGUUUAACCUGCCAUGAUCUUCUACUUGGAAGAUGCUUCCCAACUUUCCUUGCUGUCCUGCGUGUGCCAUUCAGUCUGCUGCCACUGUACAUUCUUCCCCUUCUCACCAGGUGCCCACAGGCACCAAACACUCAGUUCCCUGGAGCUUGGGCCUCUGCCCACAUCUGCAGACGUUGCUCAUGGUGGUGUCUGGGCUUCCCGUCGCCUCCUACGAGCAGGUCUGUGAUGACCUAAGGCCCGCUGUUGGGACAGGAAGACAGACUGGGUGUAAUGGGAAGGGCAAAGGGCUGCCUGCCUCGGCUUGCUGAGCCACAGCUGUUCCCCGUUGUGUCCUGUCAGCAUAUACAGUAGGUUUUGUGGGAAG